CCAUUUUCCUCUCGGCUUUGGCCAAAACCCCCCUCUGCCCUCUCUCUCUCUCUCUCUCUCUCUGAACUCACUCCCGCCGUCGACCCAUCCUCCUCCGCCUCCGGUCGUCGUCGCCGCUCCACAAGAACAAAAUGGUUAUUCCUCCACCGGUCAGACCAGAAAGAAUCACAAAGUUUCUUAAACCAUAUGUCUUGAAGAUGCACUUCACAAACAAGUACGUGACGGCCCAAGUAAUCCACUCGCCAACUGCUACAGUCGCCUCUGCUGCAAGCUCACAGGAGAAGUCUCUGAGGUCGAGCAUGGAAAAUACCAGGGACGUUGCGGCUGCUUCCAAGAUAGGGAAAAUUCUUGGAGAGCGCCUUCUGGUUACGGGUGUCCCUGCUGUUUCUGUUUUUCUGAAGAGAGAUCAGAAAUAUCAUGGAAAGGUAAAAACUGUGAUCGAUUCCCUGACCGAAGCAGGCAUUAAACUGGUAUAAACUAAUUCAGAUGAGUUUAAUCAGAAUCGGAGGGGGGAAUGAAGGUUACGCAGCUAGCGGAUCAUGGUGGUGAAACCACCGGGACAAGGCCAAGGGGCUAGCAGUCAGAACGGUUCGCCGCCGGUUUCGCCUGAUGGGUGUACUCCUCCUGUAUCUCCCUUUUCCGGUAAAAGCCUGCCUGAUUUUUUCUUACCGGUUCAAAGGGUAAUUUGAUCCUCACUUCAUAUGGCUGUCGCUAGCUGUCUCGCCCAGCGGAUUAGCCUAUGAAAUAUAUAAUAAUAUGAUGCAUCCGAUGGAGACAGCGGCACUUGGACUGUAAUAUUAAUGGGUUUGGGGUCUAUGAUAUGAUAUAAUGCAAGGAAAAUAAUAUAUUAAAUAUAAUUAUAAAUUAUUUUUAAUAAUUUUGGGUGGAUAAUUGUUAAUACGUCGUGUAAUUAAUUUAAUUGGGCUGCUGAGUAUAAUAUGCCUAAAUUAAGUAAUGCAAAAAUUGUCAAUGUUUGGCAAGUAUAUAUGACUGUGAGAAAGCGAAUCGGAUCGGACCCGGAAGCCCUCGUCCACCCCAUGACCUGUGACACUGAGAUUUUGUCAAUAUUAAAAAAAAGAAAAAAAAAAGGAAGAAAAAAAAGCUGCUUUUGAUCAUGUUCGUCGUGCAUGCAUGCAUGCAUGCUUUUGAUCAACCCUAAUUUUAUUAGCUGGGAUUAUUAAUUAAUAGAGUAUUAGCUCUCUCAUCUAUGCCACUUGUUGGCAGUUGGUCAGUCGGCAGGCGCCACAUUAAUUUAUUUAUUCAUACCGAUUAAGCGAAAAAUGUACUAAUAUGGCACGGCCAGGCCAGGCCACAGUGCCAGCACUCACCAUAUAAUAAUAAUAAUAAUAAUUCACUAACUUUAGUUUUUUGUA